AUAAAGAAAGGCGAAAUGAGGGUUCGACGCCUUGAAGUGGAUCGUCGUCGCUUGAUGAUCGGCUCGAUUGUAAGCAUUGUUGUCAUGAGUUUCCUGAGCGUCUCUGUCGCUGACGAACAUCCGACGAGUGACGAGGAUCCAGUGACGUGUCAUAAUAAUAAUAAUAAUAACAAGGGAGGCUGUCAGUGUUGCCUGAGUUGCAGCGACGCUCCGCAGGCCAUUCAUCCAUCACCAACAGUGUACCCACCAGAAUGCUUCACCAAGUGCACUUACAUUGUCACCAAGUACACGGCUUUCAUGUCGCGCAAGUGUAAGUGUCCAAAAGACUUACACUCUGACCAGAUGUUCCACUCCAAAGGCCUGACUCGGUACAGUGGCGACGACGAUGUCGGGGUUGCAGAGGAUGAUGGUCCAAACAUUUCCAAGAGGCAAGACACAUCCUACGACGACAUACUCAAGGAUUCUGCUGAGGCUGAAAAUUCGGACGAAAGUGACGUAAACGUCAAGUUUCAGCAGAGCAAAGAAAACCGUCACAAAAUGAUGUACGUGUACGUUUCAUUGGGAAUUCAGAUACUCGGCGCCUUAUCGUACCUUCCGCUACUAAAUGAACAAGGGGACGCGUAUGAUGGAGCCGGGGCAUACGGCGGAUACGACGAUGACGCUGUCGCGGACAUGACGACGCCGAGGACACAAGAAGACGACGCUGUCGGGACCAUGGAUCGACACUUGCCGGAGACUGAAGACGAACCCGUUGUCGACACGGAGGAUGACGACGAAGACGUCGCCUUGGAUAGCGUCAUGUCUAAAACCGAGGCUGGCAUCAGCCGAGGUCGCAGGGCUUUCAAUGUGCGCAAACGAGAAAAGUCCAGCUGUCCGCAAAACCCGUUCGACGUGUGCAAGCCUCGCAAAUGCAAAGCCAGGCCAACAACCUGUGCUCCGAGAACCAAGGAAGACGAGGAGCUGGAACACAUCCUGGCCAUGGAACGCCAGGAAAUGGGGUUGCCGGAGGACCCCUGCGACCCUUCCCUAGAACCCACGACGGAGACCCCCUGCACUACCCCUCCGUGUCCAGCGAAAAUUCCGAACCGCAAAAUAGGACCCUGUGGACGCCUGGGGCCGGGUUACCUCAGUGCAUACGGGGUCUACGCCAAGACUGAGUACAGGGUCAUAUACAGAGCCAAGAACCUCACUUAUGAGGUCGUAUUCCCUUCACUGAUUGAAUGGGAGACCCUGGAUUACGACAAGUACCGCAAGAAGCGCAUUACGUCACUAGUGACACGUAGCGGCGGAAUGAAAUCAAUCAUGCGUGCAUUCAGCUCCGUUUAUGCACUAGAUGCCGUUCCUGGCGAUGACUCAGAGUACACACCACCCUGCAUGCUUAGCAGCAAGCCUUCAACAGCUUGGAAACGUAACACCAACGAGACUUGGAGUCCUGACACGCCCGAGGCUAAAGAAUGCGUCAUAAGGCGAGUUUCUAUUUACAAAUUCGACUCAGACAAUGAUGGAGCAGCAGCCAGCAAAGAGAAGUCAUGGCGCAACAACGGAGCGUUGGGUAUCGUGUCACAGAAUCAGGAUCAUGGAGAGCCUGACCUCCGCAUUUCAUUCCCAACCAACUCCAUUUACCAGCGGAUUUUCUCCUCGAAUGCACCAGAAUCUAAACCACCAGCAGAACCACCCAGCUUCCUUUUCCCUACCAGCACAAAACGGCCCUACCAACUAGGAAAUCCGGAACAUGCGAGUCCCAUACCUCAGAUGCAGAAACGGGAACAACACCUAAUGGUCAGCACUCCGGCACCGUCCAUUCUUCUCGACCCACGUCAGAGACAACAAGACCUUACGAGCAAGACCAAACGAAGCAACGAAAAAGCACCGAACGUUGAAGAACCACAUCUGGAAACAAGCACAGUGAAGGAUCCGUUCGCGAUAUCUCCCGCGUUGGUCAACGGGAUGCAAGGAUUUGAUCCUGUCAUCAUGUCAUUGAGUGAUUGGACAGUUCCAGGCGCCGCCGGUGCCAUGGACCUGACCCCGGAGAUGAGGAAGAAAAUGAUCAUCCGACGCCAACAGGAAUAUUUCAAGCAGUACUUGCAGCAGUGGUACGCUAGUAUGACUUCUCAUUUCAUGAAAAUGAAGCAAGCAAAAAGGCAAGAAACUGAGAAACAGUCUACAGGCACCCCUAAAACUUGA